CCAGUGGACGUGGCACAGCUGGCAAUGAUAGCAGUGCGAUCGCCUGCUUCUCAGCCACGUGUUGCCUCUCCCUCGCGGUUGGAUGCUGCAGUACCGCGCGCGGCGCCUGCCACUGGCGUGCGCCACGUGGCCACCUUUGCUGACGUGGCGCCGUUCCUGCGCCAGCUGGCGGAGGAGCAGAUGCAGCGCGUGUUGGAGAGGCACCACGGGUACCUGAUGGAAGCAUUGGACGGGGCGCAGGGGUUUAGGAACACGGCAUUGGACGGGGCGCAGGGGUUCAGGAACACGGAUGACGAGGAGGUUUAUCGCUGCGCAGUGCGGGAGCGACACGACACCACGCACAGGAACACAUAUGAAGAAGAGGUGGUAUCGCUGUGCACUGCGGGCUCAGAAGCAGGCGGUCCACCAUCUCGCCCGCCUCUCAUCUGUCCUGCGGCCAGUCUCACACCGCCCAUCUUCUACCUCCUUACACACGUCACACUAAUCCCUUCCCACCACUCACCCCCACCCACUCCCGGCACAUCCCCCUCCCCUCGCCCCUCUCUCCCUUUUUCGCAGGUGGUCCACCAUCUCGCCCACCUCUCCUCUGUGUGGCGCCCAGUCUCACCGCCCUCGCGUUACCUCCGAGCCAUGAGUCGUCUCGUCUCUGCUGCACUCUCCCGCUGCUGCGCGCAUGUGCUCGCCCUGCCAGACAUCUCAGUGGAUGAGACCGAGCAGCUUCGCAAGCUCUUUGCAGGGAUGCUGACUCGUCUGCCUCCUCUAUUCCACGUGGACCUCUCAGGAGCCAUUGGCAGCGCCCAUGGCGCCACGUCAGCAUCUGUAGCUGCAGCUGCUGACCUGGAUGCUGACGUGUCAGAUGUCGUUGCUGACACAGCAACACUUGAGUCUCUUGUUCCUGUAUAUCGCAAGCUGAAAAGACUAACAGAUUUGCUUGACAUGCCACUAGUGGCAAUCACACAGGCAUGGGAGAGUGGGGACCUGUGCCGCUGUGGUUUCACCUCUGAUGAGGUGCAACGAACCAUUCGAGCCAUUUUCUCAGACACCCCUCUUCGUCGGAACUGCAUUGCCAGGGUGGCAGCUACGAUGCCUCCCACUGCCUUCCAAUGA